AUGGACCUCAAGGAUAGCCUCUCCAGAUUCAAGCAACAGCAGGAGAGGUGCCAGUCAUCUUUGACUAGCAUAGCUGCAAAUCAAGCUUCGGUUUCGAAGCCAAAGCACAGAGCCCAACCAAUAAAUGCCCCAUCUGUUCCUGCAAGAUCAUCACAAUCUAUUAAAUUUUCAAAUGAUACUGAAAGGCUUCAGCAUAUUAAUUCGAUUAGGAAAUCUCCUGUUGGAGCACAGAUGAAACUUGUCAUCGAACUGCUUUACAAGACAAGACAAGCUUUUACUGCAGAGCAAAUAAAUGAAGCAACUUAUGUCGAUAUUGAUGGUAACAAGGCGGUCUCUGACAGCUUGAGGAACAACCCCAAAGUACAGUAUGAUGGGAGACGUUUUUCUUACAAGUCCAAGCAUGAUCUUAAGGGAAAAGAUCAACUACUUGUUCUGAUAAGAAAAUUCGCAGAGGGUCUUGCUGUCAUGGAAAUCAAGGAUGCAUACCCAACUGUAAUGGAAGAUCUGCAGGCACUGAAGGCAGCAGGUGAAGUUUGGCUGUUAUCAAACAUGGACUCACAGGAGGACAUUGUGUACCCUAAUGAUCCUAAAACGAAGACCAAGGUUGAUGAUGACCUGAAACUUCUCUUCCGGGAGACUGAGUUACCACGUGACAUGGUGGACGUAGAAAAGGAGCUUCAGAAGAAUGGAAUCAAGCCCAUGACAAACACUGCGAAACGACGUGCAGCUGCCCAGAUCGACGGGGUAAAAUCCAAGUCUAAACCCAAGAAGAAAGAUCUUAAGAUCACAAGACGGAGCAGGCUUACGAAUGGGCAUCUGCCAGAGCUGUUCCAGGACAUCAACAAAUGA